AUGGUGGCUUCUAUAAACAGUAGCCGGCUCAAGGCCAAGGGCGUGGGCCAACACCAAAAUGCCCAAAACUACAAGAAUCAGAACUUUGAGGAGCUCCAAGCGGCAUGUCUAAGGAAGAGGGAACUGUUUGAGGACCCCUUUUUCCCUGCUGAAUCCAAGUCUAUAGGCUUCAAAGAUCUGGGUCCCAACUCCAAAAAGACGCAGAACAUCUCCUGGCAGCGGCCCAAGGAUAUCACGAAUAACCCCCAAUUCAUCACUAAUGAGCUCUCUCCCACAGACAUCUGCCAAGGGGUCCUCGGAGACUGCUGGCUGCUGGCUGCCAUUGGCGCCCUUACUACCUGUCCCAAACUGCUGUACCGUGUGGUGCCCAGGGGCCAGAAUUUCAAGAAAAACUACGCUGGCAUCUUCCAUUUUCAGCUUUGGCAGUUUGGGCAGUGGAUGAAUGUGGUGGUGGACGACCGACUGCCCACUAAGAAUAACAAGCUGUUGUUCGUGCACGGUGCCCAGCGCCAGGAAUUCUGGAGCGCCCUGCUGGAGAAGGCCUAUGCCAAGCUAAAUGGAUCCUACGAGGCGCUGGCAGGGGGCAGCACUAUGGAGGGUUUUGAAGACCUCACAGGCGGCGUGGCCCAGAGCAUUAAGCUCCAGAAGCCCCCUCACAACAUGCUAAGGCUCCUCAGAAAAGCGUUGGAGAUGUCUUCCCUGAUGGGCUGUUCCAUCGAAGUCACCAACAACAGUGACUUUGAAACGAUGACCCAUAAUAUGCUGGUCAGAGGACACGCUUACUCAGUAACUGGCCUGGAGGAUGUCUCCUACAGAGGCAAGAUGGAAACCCUGAUUCGGAUCCAGAAUCCCUGGGGCCAGAUUGAGUGGAAUGGAGCCUGGAGUGACAGGGCCAGGGAGUGGGAAGAGGUGAGUGUGGACGUGCAGAUACAGCUGCUACGAAAGAAGGAAGAUGGGGAGUUCUGGAUGUCCUACGAAGACUUCAUGAGCAACUUCACACUCCUGGAGAUCUGCAACCUCACACCGGACGCACUGUCCCCCUGGGAGCACAAGAGCUGCUGGCAUACAACCUUUUAUGAGGGCAGCUGGCGGAAAGGGAGCACUGCAGGCGGCUGCAGGAACAACCCCGAGACGUUCUGGAGCAACCCCCAGUUUAAGAUCUCCCUCCUGGAGAAGGACGACCCUGAGAAUGACUCAGACAAAAGCGAGGUGGUCUGCACCUGCCUGGUGGCCCUGAUGCAGAAGAACUGGAGACACGCUAGGCGGGAGGGAGCCCAGCUGCUCACAAUAGGCUUUGUUAUCUUCUCGGUCCCAAAGGAGUUUCAGAACCUCCAGAACAUCCAUCUGAAGAAAGAGUUCUUUGUGAAAUAUCGGGACCAUGGCUUUUCAGAGAUCUUCAUGAACUCACGAGAGGUCAACAGUCACCUUCGGCUGCCUCCAGGGGAAUACAUCAUUAUCCCCUCCACCUUUGAGCCCCAUAAAGAUGCUGACUUCCUGCUUCGGGUCUUCACGGAGAAGCACAAUGAGACCUGGUUGCUGGAUGAAGUUAACUGUGCUGAGCACCUUCAAGAGGAAACCAUCUCUGAGAAGGAUUUGGACCAGGACUCCAUCCAGUUGUUUGAGAUAGUAGCAAAUGGAGACAAGGAAGUAGACGCGUAUGAGCUGCAGAAACUGCUCAACAAGAUGGCGAGUAAAUUCAAGAGCUUCAAGACGAGGGGUUUUAGUUUGGAUGUCUGCCGCCGUAUGAUCAACCUCAUGGAUAAAGAUGGCACUGGCAAGCUGGGUUUUCUGGAGUUCCAGAUCCUGUGGAAAAAGAUCAAGAAAUGGACGGACAUCUUCAAAGAGUGUGACGAGGACCGCUCCGGGACCUUGAACUCCUACGAGAUGCGCUUGGCCUUAGAAAAAGCAGGCAUCAAGAUGAACAAUAAGGUAACUGAAGUGGUGGUGGCUAGGUACGCAGACGAUAACAUGAUCGUGGAUUUUGACAACUUCAUCAACUGUUUCCUAAGGCUAAAGGCCAUGUUUGCAUUCUUCCUGUCCAUGGACCCCAAGAAAACUGGUUCUAUCUGCCUGAAUAUGGAGCAGUGGCUGCAGAUAACCAUGUGGGGGUAGGGAGAUGCAGAGCCUGGCCCCUCCCUCCGCCGGCAGGGCUCCAGCCAGGAUGGUGGGUGCUCCUUGUCACCCUUUCUCUCCAGCGCCCCAGGCUCAGUGUUUACUCAAAGCCUGGGCUCUGGCUUCUCUGGCUCCGGGCUCCCCAGAGCUCUAACCCCCAACCCCACCCCACCCACCUCUGAGCACUCUCAGGCUCUGAGUGUUCGGACUAAAAAUUAGGUGGACUCUUCCCCAGUUUGUCUGGGUAAGGCAGCCUUGCAGCCAGCUUAGUGUCCCCGCAUGCUGUCAAGUCACAGCUGCCUGCUAGCCAGCCCUCUAGCCAGGAAUGCCUUUGUUCCCCCUCCCCACGCCGUGGACAUUAUUCUAAUAAACAGGACAGGACAUGGUUUGCCACUUCCUUAACACCAAAGAGGGGUAUCCACUGUGUCUCCGGGAAGCGCCUACGAAUGUGUGACAUAAUUACUAGGGGGCGCUGCAACGUAUGGGAUGCUAGAGCGCACCCAGGGCAAGAGCCAUUCACUAGCAGCCACACACGGAGGGGUCCAGCUGGUGUGGGACUGAAGGUCUCUCUUCCUGGCGCGGCACAGGCUACUCCAGGUGGAGUUUCUGUUGUCUCCAUCCCGGCCUCACCACCAAGGAGGACUUGGCGUGCAGAUGUGCAUCACUUUAUCCGGCCUUCCCCCCAACACUGGAAAAGUUUUCAUUGAGACCACACCAGUUAAGCAAAUUCUGGCAUCAAGCACCUUCCUCCUUGGCAGUGCGUUCUUUCUUGAGUAGUCCCGAGAAUGCUUUCUUGUCCUCCAUGGUCUGGAAAUGACCGUGGCCAAGCUUGGAGGUGGUGUCAAUGAAUUUGAGGUCAGUCUUCUCCAGAGCCCGUCGUUUGGUCUGCACCAGCAAGGACUUGAGGAGAAUGAGCACUCGCUUCUUGGUUCCCACCACACAGCCUUUGAGCAUGAUGAAGUCAUUGGCUACCUCACCAUAAUGGACAAAGCCACCCAGUGGGUUGAUGCUCUUGUCAGAAAGGUCAUAGUCAGUAGAUGCAAUGUUCUUGAUCAGCUUGCCAUCUUUGAUAAGUUACCCCUGACCAAUCUUGCAAAUCUUGUUGAUCUCUGUCCAAUGAUGGUAGCCCUUUCUGCUCAGCCCAAACCACAGAGAAGGCCACUCGGGCAGGGUGCCAAGCGCCAAUACAGGCAACCUUGAGCAACCCCCAAUGGGUCUUGCGGGGCUGUUUCUUUCUACACCAGUGACUAGUCACCCCUUUGUAGCCUUUGCCUUUUGUCACUCCGAUGACAUCAACCAUCUCAUCCUGCCCAAACACCUGGUUCACAGGAACCUGCUGCUCCAGCCUCUCCCAGGCCCAGGUAUGGUGGGCACUUCCACAAGUCCAGCAUUCGGGAAGCAGAGGCAGGGAGAACAGACGUUAGAGGUCUUUCUUGAACAGAGCUAGUCUGACUCCAAUCUGGGCUACCUGGGACCCUGUCUUAAAAAUAAAUAAAGAAGCCAACUUGCACUUGUGGGGAGGGGUGUAUGCGUGUGUUGAGGUGUACACAUGUGUUGGUGUGUAAACAUGCAUAGGUAUGCUUGUGCAGUGGUGCAAGUGUGA